UAUUCCAACUCCAACCUUGCACAUGGCAUAUUAGUUAUAAAUCAUCCACCAUGUCUCAACUAUUUCACCAGUUUUAACUUUAACAUCCACUAACGAAAACAAAGAGAAACUUAUAUAGGAGUUAGCAUGAAAGCAUCAGAAUAUAUGUUGAAAUUCUGAGGCUCUAUUUCAUACUUCAUAGCAAGGCCAAAUUCUGAUCACUUAAAUAACAGGAUGGGUUAUUUUAGUGUUUGGCUUCCAAUUUUCUUAUUCAUUUCAAUUCAGGGCUAUGGCAUUCAAUUAUUUGAAGCUUCUUCUCGUGUCAUAGAGACACCGGAUCAGAUAUACAGGACUGGUUUUCAUUUUCAACCUGCCAAGUAUUGGAUGAAUGGACCAAUGAUAUACAUGGGAAUAUACCAUUUCUUCUACCAAUACAAUCCUUACAAUGCACAAGCAGGCAACAUAGUAUGGGGCCAUUCCACGUCAUCCGAUCUCAUCAACUGGACCCCACAACCACCAGCUCUACUCCGAUCAGAACCGUACGAUUUCAAAGGCUGUUUUUCUGGUUCUACAACUCUCCUUUCAGGGACAAAACCGGCAAUUAUCUACACUGGUGUUGACUUUUCUGAUAUACAAGUCCAAAAUUUAGCUGUACCCAAAAAUUUAGCCGACCCGUUUCUUGUCGAAUGGGUCAAAUCGCCUUAUAAUCCAUUAAUUGCACCGAAUUCUGUGAAUAAAAUUGAUGGUCAGAAUUUUAGAGAUCCAACUACUGCUUGGUUAAAUCCUGAUGGAUAUUGGAGAAUGGUUGUUGGAAAUCAACAAAAUGGAACAGGAAUUGGUCUAUUGUAUAGAAGCAAAAACUUCAUUGAUUGGAUUCAGGUUGAACAUCCAUUGCAUUCAUUGGAAAAUUCAGGAAUGUGGGAAUGCCCUGAUUUUUUUCCUGUUUCAACGAUUAGUCAAAUUGGUUUAGAUACUUCCAUAAUGGGUCCAAAUGUGAAACAUGUAUUCAAGGCAAGUAAAGCAAGCAGUGAUUACUAUACAAUUGGGAUAUAUAAUCCGAAUAAGGAUAUUUUUAUCCCGGAUAAUGACUCACUGGACAUUGGAUUAGGAUUUAGAUAUGACUAUGGGAAAUUUUAUGCUUCUAAAACAUUUUUUGAUAGUGCUACUAAUAGGAGGAUAUCGUUUGGAUGGAUUAAUGAAUCAGUAAAUAAUCUUGAGAUUAAUAGUAUUAGGGGGUGGGCUGGUCUUCAAGGAAUUCCUAGAAGAAUUUGGCUACAUAAAUCUGGAAAUCAGUUGUUGCAAUGGCCAAUAGUUGAAAUUGAAAAGCUUCGAAUGAACCCAGUUGUUGAAGGUACAACAGUUCUUAUGGCUGGAUCAGUACGUGAAAUUUCUGGAGUCACUGCUACGCAGGCAGAUAUAGAAAUUUCUUUUUUAGCAAGAACGUUGGAAAACGCAGAGAAAUGGGAAGCAAAUUGGACAAAUCCACAACAAGUGUGUAGCAUAAAAGGUGCAUCAGUAAAAGGUGCGCUUGGACCAUUUGGUUUACUAGUCUUGGCAUCUGAUGACAUGCAAGAAUAUACUGCAGUUUUCUUCAGAAUUUUCAAAGGAGAUAACAAUAAUUUUAUAGUCCUCAUGUGUAGUGAUCAGAGCAGGUCUUCCUUACACUUGCCUUCUAGUGAUUAUGACAAAACCACUUAUGGAGCCUUCUUGAAUGUGGACCCUGUUCAAGAAAAAUUGUCGCUGAGGACUUUGAUUGAUCACUCAAUAGUGGAGAGCUUUGGUGGAGAAGGAAAGGCUUGCAUUACAGCUAGAGUUUACCCAACUAAUAUAGCCAUCGAUGGUCGAACCCAUUUGUAUGUCUUCAACAAUGGUUCUCAGAGUGUUGACAUCUCAAAAUUAACUGCUUGGAGCAUGAAAACAGCUCAGAUCAAUUGAAAAACAAACCUAUAUAGAUUUAUUUUCUUUGACAA